CUGUGAUGUCUGCUCCAGUGAUAAGAUCUUCCAAGGAGGGUGGAGUAUAUUUUCCAGCACAGUGUUUAACCACACCACAUUUGGCCCUCGGACUAUGAGCACACAAUGACAGAAGCAAGUGGUAUGCCCUGUAAUGUUGUGUCCCAUGCAAAUGAAAAUGGGGAGGACAAUAAGGGAUUUGAAAUGCAGGAGGAUGUUGUUUCAUUUGAUAGCAGAAGUAGUAUCAAAAAGGAAAAGUUAAAAAAGGGAUUGGGAUGUUUAAGGAAGGUUUCCAAGCCUAUUAAUGCCAUAGAGGAUUACUUUAAAGCUCACUCCAAAACCAUCAAAUACAUUGUGCUGGGCUUACUUGGAGCAGGCUAUGUAGCAUACUUCAUCACUGCCUGCGUAUUGGACUUUGAGAGGGCCAUUGCCCUUGUGGUGCUCACAAGUCUUGCUGUUGUCUCCAAAGCCUAUGAUCUUGUAAAGAAAUACAAGGGAGAAAGUAUAACCAAGUGUUUCAUACCAGCUCAAAGAUGUUUCAACAGUUUCAGGGGUUGGAUAAUAGGUGUUUUUGUCAUAGUGGUGCUGGUCUUGCUCGUGACUUGGCUCGUUGUGGACACAAGCAAGCGACCAGAGCAGCUCAUCUCAUUUGGAGGAGUCUGCAUGUUCAUCCUAGUCAUUUUCCUCUUCUCAGCCCAUAGAAAAUCAGUUGCAUGGAGGCCUGUCUUUUGGGGUCUUGGUUUGCAAUUCUGUAUCGGACUGUUUGUCAUAAGGACAGAGCCAGGACUCAUAGCUUUCCAGUGGCUCGGAGAACAAGUGCAGAUAUUCUUAAACUACACAAAAUCUGGAUCGGAAUUUGUUUUUGGUCCACUGACAUCUGAUAUCUUCGCAUUUCAGGCUUUGCCCAUUGUAAUAUUCUUUAGCAGUGUGAUGUCAGUACUUUACUUCCUUGGAAUAAUGCAAUGGCUCAUUAUCAAGAUUGCCUGGGUCAUGCAAAUUACAAUGGGGACCUCACCCACUGAGACCUUGAGUGUUGCAGGUAACAUAUUUGUUGGACAGACUGAAGCACCACUUUUGAUUCGCCCCUAUCUGGAGAACAUGACCAAAUCUGAAGUCCAUGCUGUCAUGGUUGGAGGAUUUGCCACCAUUGCAGGGAGUGUGAUGGGUGCAUUUAUCUCAUUUGGGAUUGAUGCAUCCUCUCUCAUAUCUGCCUCUGUGAUGGCUGCCCCUUGUGCUUUGGCUGUCUCAAAGCUCUCCUAUCCAGAGGUUGAGGAGAGCCCGUUUAAAUCAGAGGAAAAUAUAAAAGUGGCUUGUGGUGAUGAGAAGAACAUUUUGGAAGCAGCUAGCAGUGGAGCAUCUGCAUCAAUCUCCCUUGUUGCUAAUAUAGCUGCUAACUUAAUAGCAUUCCUGGCAAUACUGGCAUUCAUCAAUGCAUCUCUUGGGUGGCUAGGAGGCCUGGUGGGAUAUCCUUCCAUCACUUUUGAGAUGAUCUGUUCCUACGUGUUCAUGCCUGUGGCCUUUAUGAUGGGAAUACCAUUUGAAGAGAGUUUCACCGUAGCAGAACUCAUUGGCACCAAGCUCUUUUUGAAUGAGUUUCUGGCAUAUGAGAAGCUAUCAGCGAUGAAGAAAAAUAGAGUCAAUGGUCUGGAUGAAUUUAUUGAUGAUAAGAGGCAAUGGAUCUCAGUCAGAUCAGAGAUUAUCAGCACAUAUGCUCUGUGUGGAUUCGCUAAUUUCAGCUCACUGGGAAUCGUAAUCGGAGGCCUUUCCUCAAUAUGUCCACCCAGAAGAGGUCUCGUCUCCUCUUUAGUAUUGAGAGCCCUGUUCACAGGUACCUGUGUGACCCUGGUUAAUGCCUGUGUUGCAGGUAUUCUCUUUGUUCCUCCUGGUCUUGACUGUUUGGAUGUUUUCAAUACCUCUCCUUUCAACACCACAAAUUCUGACUUAAAAACCUGCUGUAAUAAUCUUUUCGGAAGCAGCACUGUGAAGAAUGGGACCAUCUCAUUUGAGGGCUCCUGGAGCACAGAGACCAACGCUACUUUGUUCUUUAACAACUGUUGUGGUCUCUUUGAUAAUCCUGUUUGUAACUAGGCACUCAUAAAUUUAUUAUUAUAUUUUGAUUAUCAGUGAGUAGAUUAACUUAUUCUGUUUUUUGAUUCAUGAACAAAAUUAAUGCAACCGGAAGUCAGGGGAGAGCCAUCUUUAUUCAGUAUGAGUCUAUGAUGUUGAACUU